AUGUCUAAACAAGAGGAGAUCAUCGUCCUGGGCGCCGGCGUGGUAGGGCUCCAGACAGCGCUCACCCUCCUCGAGGCCGGCUUCGGCGUUGCUGUUGUCGCAAAAUAUUGGCCCGGCGAGGACAGCAUCGAGUAUUGCUCCACAAAAGCCGGCGCACACUGGCGCUCCCACGCUUCCCCCACCGACACCAGGCUCCAGGGCUUUGAGGCAGAGACCUACAAGUAUUGGCAGACGCUGUGCCAGAACCCAGAUGCCGGUCUCAGACUAACCACCUCGCACCACCGCCUUACCACCACGCCCUGGUGGUCUACACUCGUGACCUCCUACACCCCACACACAUACGACUCCUUCUGCCUCGACCCCAACACCUACCUCGACCACCUCCUCGGCCGUCUCGGUGACCUCGGCGUCAAAACCCACACCGCAGAAGUCGACGCCCUCAGCGAAGUGUUUGACCUCCCCUCGCUCGAGGAGGCAGUGGCGGUGAUCAACUGCACCGGCCUGGCGGCCGGAGCGCUGUGCGCAGACCCAGAUGUGUAUCCAGCGAAGGGACAGACGGUACUCGUAAAGGGCGAGGCGGCGGGGAUAACGUUCACGGAAGGAGAGGACUGGACGGCAUAUGUGAUACCGCGCCCGGGGAGUGGGACGAGCAUUCUUGGGGGUAGCAAGGACGACGGGGAUUGGAGUGCGGAGGUAGAUGUAGGGUUGUCGGCACGCAUACGGGAGCGGUGUAGGGAGCUAGCGCCAGAGUUGUUGGAGGAGGGGGAAUUUGUGGUGGUGAGUGAGCAGGUAGGGAGACGGCCAAGUAGGAAGGGGGGAGUUAGAGUGGAGGUGGAGUGGGUGAAGGUGGAUGGGAUGUGGAGAAUUGUAGGCCAUAACUACGGGCACGGCGGAACGGGUUACCAGGCCUCUGUGGGAACAGCUAGGGAGUUAUGUAGGCUGCUAAAAGAGGCAUUGGUGAGUGGACACCAGUAA